GGCAUCCCUGUGGAGUGUUCCCAGUCCAAACCAAGCUGCCUAGUCCAUCCCCACUCAGAGCGAUCCUACAGGAUGGAGAAGAAUUGCCCCAGGCUGGUGAAACUGGGUGUCCACUGUAUCACUGGCCAGAAGGUCGCCAUCAAGAUCGUGAACCGGGAGAAGUUGUCGGAGUCCGUUCUAAUGAAGGUGGAGAGGGAGAUCGCCAUCCUAAAGCUCAUCGAGCACCCACACGUCCUCAAACUUCACGAUGUGUACGAGAACAAGAAAUAUUUGUAUCUGGUUCUGGAGCAUGUUUCUGGGGGUGAGCUGUUCGACUACCUGGUGAAGAAGGGGAGACUGACCCCCAAGGAGGCCCGGAAGUUCUUCCGCCAAAUUGUAUCAGCGCUGGAUUUCUGCCACAGCUACUCUAUCUGGGCUGCUCUGAAUCAGAAUGGGCCUAGUGGCGGGGAGUGUGACUGUACUGUCCAGUCAGAGCUGAUUCAGAGGGGCUCCGUGGGCAGCAGGGGGGCUCUGCCCUUCGAUGACGACAACCUCCGGCAGCUGCUGGAGAAGGUGAAACGGGGCGUCUUCCACAUGCCCCACUUCAUCCCUCCCGACUGCCAGAGCCUGCUGAGAGGCAUGAUCGAGGUGGAGCCUGAGAAGAGGCUCAGUGUACGUUUGGGCGGGAAACACGAGCCGGACCCCUGCCUGGAACCAGCCCCAGGCCGCCGGGUAGCCAUGCGCAGCCUUCCAUCCAACGGAGAGCUGGACCCGGAUGUCCUGGAGAGCAUGGCGUCGCUGGGCUGCUUCAGGGACCGGGAGCGGCUGCACCGCGAGCUGAGGAGCGAGGAGGAGAACCAAGAAAAGAUGAUCUACUAUCUGCUCUUGGACCGGAAGGAGCGGUAUCCCAGCUGCGAGGACCAGGACCUGCCUCCACGCAACGACGUUGACCCACCCCGGAAGCGAGUGGACUCACCCAUGCUGAGCCGGCACGGGAAACGGCGGCCAGAGCGGAAGUCCAUGGAGGUCCUGAGCAUCACCGAUGCUGGAGGCGGGGGCUCCCCAGUGCCCACUCGACGGGCCUUGGAGAUGGCCCAGCAUAGCCAGAGAUCACGUAGCGUCAGUGGAGCAUCCACCGGGUUGUCAUCCAGUCCCCUGAGCAGCCCACGGAGUCCAGUCUUCUCCUUCUCGCCCGAACCCGGCGCUGGAGAUGAAGCCCGGGGCGGGGGCUCCCCGACUUCCAAAACACAGACGCUGCCUUCUCGGGGUCCCAGGGGUGGGGGCACCGGGGAGCAGCCCCCGCCCCCAAGUGCCCGCUCCACACCCCUGCCUGGUCCGCCAGGCUCACCACGUUCCUCUGGAGGGACCCCCUUGCACUCGCCCCUGCACACGCCCCGGGCCAGCCCCACAGGGACCCCGGGGACAACACCACCCCCAAGUCCAGGUGGUGGCGUUGGGGGCGCCGCCUGGAGGAGUCGUCUUAACUCCAUCCGCAACAGUUUCCUGGGCUCCCCUCGCUUUCACCGGCGCAAGAUGCAAGGUGCGCAGGGUCUGGGGGCCACGCCUGGGGCCCUCCGGGAGGAAGAGGCUGGCAGCCUGGAUUCCCUAGUCCUGAAGGCGUUAGAGCGCUUGAUCCCCAGCCUGAGUCACAGUGUGCUGUCACAGACCAGCUUCAGGGCUGAAUACAAGGCCAGCGGUGGCCCCUCCGUCUUCCAGAAGCCCGUCCGCUUCCAGGUGGACAUCAGCUCCUCCGAAGGCCCAGAGCCCUCCCCACGCAGGGACGGUGGUGGUGGUGGUGGCAUCUACUCCGUCACCUUUACGCUCAUCUCCGGUCCCAGCCGGCGGUUUAAGCGCGUGGUAGAGACCAUCCAGGCACAGCUGCUCAGCACGCACGACCAGCCCUCGGUGCAGGCCCUGGCAGACGAGAAGAACGGUGCCCAGACCCGGCCUGCGGGCACCUCGCCCCGAAGCCUGCAGCCCCCGCCGGGCCGUCCAGAUCCAGAGCUCAGCGGCUCUCCCCGCAGAGGCCCUCCCAAGGACAAGAAGCUCCUGGCCACCAACGGGGCCCCUUUGCCCUGACCCCAGGGGGCUGGGGAGGGAGGGGGACCCCCCUCCACCCCCCUUCCCUGCCCCCAACUGUGAAUCUGUAAAUAGGGCCCAAGGAGUAAGUGGGGGGGGGGAGACUCAAAAAUUCCGGCCUUGCCCUGCAGGGAUGGGG